UCCUGUUAACCCUCCCAUGUAGCAGCUGUGAUUGGAUACAAAGCAUUAAAAAGCGCUCUACUGGAAUGCUCGCUAGAUUUAAAAUGCCGGCGCCUGAAUUCAAUAUUCCACACUCUAUGGCAGUGGUUCACAAGUUAUCAGAUCACAUUCAACACCCUCAAGUGACACCCUCAAGUGACUUUGGCUCUUUUAGACCUGCUGUCAACUUAUUCUCCUUGUGCAUAUGUUGGGAAUAAUGGUGGACCUGCAUAGAGAUAAAAUCUCUGUUUCUGCAGAACUGGUUGAUGAACCUGGAGAAAAUGGUGAUGACUGUAUUGAUGGAGUUGUUAGUGAGUCCUUGAUUAAUGGAUGUGACCAGAGUGAUCAGAACAAGCAAAACUUUAGGACUGGUGGUCUCAAAGACAAGUGUGCAGCGUAUGUUGUAGCUCUACGACCUUGGAGUUUUAGCACUUCAUUAACUCCUGUUGCACUGGGAAGUGCAUUGGCAUACAAAUCUGAAGGAAAAAUUGACAUUUUGAUACUGUUGGUAUGUGGUGUGGCUGUACUGGCAGUGCAUGGAGCGGGUAAUUUGGUGAACACUUUCUAUGACUUCUCCAAAGGCAUUGACCACAAAAAGAGUGAUGACAGGACACUGGUGGACAGGAUCUUGGAGCCACAGGAUGUGGUCAUGUUUGGAGCUGUCCUGUACUCUUUAGGAUGCAUCUGUGCCACUUGUUUGUUUUUUCUAUCAACACUCAAGUUAGAGCAUCUUGCUCUUAUUUUCUUUGGUGGACUUUCAAGUUCUUUCCUUUAUACAGGAGGAAUUGGUUUGAAGUAUGUCGCCUUGGGAGAUGUAGUCAUUCUGAUCACAUUUGGGCCACUGGCUGUCAUGUUUGCGUAUGCUGUUCAAGUAGGAUACCUUUCUGUACUGCCCCUAAUCUAUGCCAUUCCCCUGGCACUGAACACUGAAGCUAUCCUGCAUAGUAAUAACACCAGGGACAUGGACUCGGACAAGCAAGCGGGCAUUGUCACAUUAGCUAUUCUUAUUGGGCCUACACUGUCCUAUGUGCUCUUCAGUGUGUUACUUUUUCUCCCGUAUGUCUUAUUUUCCAUCUUGGCAACACGCUACGCUGUUAGUAUGGCUUUGCCCCUUCUUACCAUCCCUAUGGCAUUCCCACUGGAGAGGCAAUUUCGCAGCCGAAGCUACUCCAAAAUCCCACAAAAAACUGCCAAGCUCAACUUGCUGAUGGGUCUUUUUUACGUAUUUGGUAUCAUCCUGGCUCCAAAGGGCAGCCUGCCAAAACUAUAAAACACACAAAAGGUUUUAUUAACCAAACAGUUUAUAUUUAUUAAAAUGCUAAAGGUUCUUUUUUUUGAAUAA